AUGGCCUCCACAUCAGCAGCAGAAGGCUCGGCCUCGGCGGACGAGCCACCACCCUUCUCUGUUACGAAGAAAUUCCAACCGCCCAACUUUUCCAGACUUGGCUCCGGCGUGUCCAUCAACGAGAUGCAGCGACCCCGAAAACUCAGACUGAUCGUGGCCGCCAAUGGGUCUAGAGACGUUGCCUGGGCCCAGACCAUAGCAGUCCGCCUCUCCAAAGACCCCCAGAUUACUGUAAAGGCUAUCGUCGACGACAUGACGCACCGGCUCGCCCAAGAGAUUGUCUGUUAUCAGAACAAGACCUUCAACACAGGGGACGCGGGUGCGUUCUCCAAGGAGACCGAGGCGCUGCAUUCCAAGGCGUACGAGCUGGUGGAGUGGGCGGAUCUGUUGGUGCUGGCACCUAUCACCGCCGACAAUCUAGCCAAGAUGAUUCAUGGCAUCGCGGAUACCUUCUUGCUCGAGGUCUUGAGGAGCUGGGACACGUCCAAGAGGAUCCUCUUGGUCCCGGGCAUGUCGAUACACGAGUGGGAGAACCCCGUCACCAAGAAACAGAUGAGCAAGCUCUACAGGAAAUAUACAUGGGUCAGGGUCCUGCCGGCCAUACAAUGGCAUUAUGAUAUGACGGAGUCGCCGACCAAGGCACAACCGAAGAAGAUUGUCCAAUGGAACGGCCUGAACGAAGUGCUGUCUGUCAUCAAGAACCAAUCCGAUCUCCUGUCACUUGGUCACGAUGUCGACACCACGACACAGAAUCAAUUCGACACCACGGUUGGGGAGCACGGCACACGCAGCGGCUUCAGGAGGCUGGCCAAGUUACCCUCGGAGCUGUGGAGCAUCAUCUUUGAGUAUGCUGGGGACUGGGAGCUCGCCCAGGCGUGCGGCGUCUAUACCCAGCUCCCCAUGCCCACACAACAGGGCUGGCGCCCGGAGCCGCGCAACCCGAACGAUCCAGUCUCAGUCUUCCAGCACGAGCUUGAGUGGACACUCCUCUCGGCGAACACGCAGGCCAUCUGCAAGAAGCUCUCCGAGGCGCCCGAGUGUUUCCGUGAGCUGUCCGCCCUGGCCACCAAGCUCAUCUUCAAGUUUACCUUGAUUGAUGCCCUGCGCUACAUCGAGAAGAACUGCCCACACAUGUUCAAGUGCUUCGACGGCAAGACGAUCCCCACCAAAGCCUCGGCGUAUUUCCCCCGAACCGAGAUCCUCGACUGGUGGCUCACGUCGCCUUCCUUCCUCGAGAAGCAGUACGAUGCCGAAGCCGUCGAUGUCGCCUCCAAGCACGGCUAUGUGCAUAUUCUUCGGUGGUGGGCUCGUUCUGGACUGCCGAUCAAGUACACGCACACCUCGCUCGAGCAGGCCUCGGCUCGUGGCCACAUCGAUGUGCUGGACUGGUGGCGCACCACGUACCGUGAGAGCAAGGACGAGAUGGAGCUCAAGCCCGGCAAGUCCAUCCUCGCCGCCGCACAAUACGGCAGCCUCGACGUCAUCCGCUGGUGGGUCGGCAGCGGUCUGCGGUUUGCCCACGAGGAGCAGGUGUGCAAGCAGGCGAGCCGGUACGGGCAGGUUGGCGUGCUGGAGCUGUGGCGCGAGCUAAAGGGUGACGACAAGAUCACGUUCGAUAUACAGAUCCUGACGGAGCCGACGCUGUACUCGCAUAUUGGGGUGCUGGACUGGUGGGUCAAGUACUCGCAUGGCGAACUGCCGGGCAUGGACGGCCGGCGGGCCAAGAAGGUGGAAUACCGCAUGAUGGACAUAGAGGAGGCGCUGGAGGAUGCCUUUGGGGACCAGACGAAUAUCCGGCGGUGGUGGGCCGAGCACGGUCUGAAUUUAGGGAUUGGCACCACAGCCUGGAUGACCCCGAGGGAGCUGUGA